AUGCAAAUGCCGGUUCUCGGCUGCACUUUCCUCACGCUGUCAGAUCGUGAAGAAAGUACUGCCGAGAACUGGCAGUUGUCAGAGCGGGGAUCGGCACCGAUCAUCAGGGCACUGAUGAUCAGUGCCCUGAUGAUCGGUGCCCAGCAGUGCCACCCGCAAGUUCCGCCAACCUGUGCCCAGCAAUCCCCCACCUGUGCCCAGCAGUGCACCCACCUGUGCCACUCUGCAGUGUCACACACCUGUGCCCAGAAGUGCCACCUACCUGUGCCCAGCAGUGCCACCCACCUGUGCCCACCCACCUGUGCCCACCAGUGCCUCCCACCUGUGCCC